CCUUGAUAAAGCACUCAAUUCUGAAAUCUAAAACUUUUAGAUCAUCGUCAGUAUCCGUAAACGAAGAUAGGAAAAUCGAAAAUAUGAAUUCGAAAACUUCAAGUAAUGAUGAGGACUCGAGCCAGCUGUUUUUGAAGCUGAAGGACCUGUUGCUGUGGCGCAACUUCCGAGUGACACUGAUCGUCUUUACGGGCAUUCUGCUCCUGCUACUGGACGUUAUGACCCACUCGGUGAUCAGUGUGGUCAGCAUGGCAGGGAUCACUGUACUCCUGGCGGCCAUUGGUCAUCGCCUGGUAAUGCAGUUCUUCAGGGCCUGGAAGAAGGGUGGAAGCAAUGAUCAGAUCUCCCGUCUGUAUCCUGAUGUAAAAAUUGAAAUUCCCCGGGAGGACACAAUUCGACUGGCCGGGAUUGCAGUUAUAUAUGUGAAUUCUAUCUUAAACCGUAUGAUGGGAUUGUUUCUGGUGGAGAAGUGGGAGGAUACAUGGAAGUUCCUUGUUUUGCUCUGUGGUAUUAACUUGUUGGGCGAUUGUUGCAACGGAUUGACUUUGAUUCUAAUUGGACACGUUUGUAUUUUUUCCUUACCAAAACUGUACGAGUGGUACAAGCCAAUAAUUGAGGUCCAAGUCCGGAAAUUUCGUAUGUGUAAUCAGAAGCAAAAGGAUGCACCCGAAACUACGGAUGAAAAGACGGAGUACGUCGAGGAAGAAUAUCCAACAGAGUCACAAUAUGAAAGUCAGGAGUCGAAUGAGAGCAGCAUGCUGUAUAAAGUGUGUGAUAAUGAGCAGAUUCUAGAUCUUCUAGAGGCGGAACAUCGCCAAGGAUGUCGUUGUCGCGAUUGUGAGCACCAGGAGUUGCCCAUCGAGGCGCUAUAGACUCCAAUAUAUUAACUUUUAAUCCUGUGUGAUGUUAUUGUUCAAAAUUUUUGUUGCGGAAUUAUAUACCUAUUGUUGUUCCACUCAGUUGGCAAUCAAAAAAGUUUCAUUUAUCGGCCUCACUAGACCCGGGAACUGCUUUUAGCCUAUAGCCCGGAUCGAGUCUACCGUUCGUCAAAGCUCAAAUAAAAGUACUCGAUUAUGACAUGUGGAAACUCUACCAGCCGAGUAGUCGAUGUCUGAUCAAA